AUGGGCGAGGCAUUUGAGAUGCUGCGCUUUGCCGCGCUUUCAUCCGCUGUUCACGCCGACGCUGUUGAAUGCCUCGUGGAUGACACUCGCUCCGUCGUGUCUCGGAUUGCCGCGGAUGCGGAGCAGCUGGAUGCCCUCGAAGGGCACCUUGCCGAACUGCUGGAGGAGCAGCGACGCCUGCGCGCCGUCUGUGACGUGUUGAGUCGGUCGAGGACCGCGCGAGGUAAGACCGGGCCGGCUCGACCUGGCGAGCACCCCACACAAGGGAGGGGCACGCUUGAGACGCGAAGCGUCGAGGCGUCUCCUGGUGUGGCUGCCGCUUCCAGCAUUGGGAACGUUUUGCGCUUUGCCGCCAAGGCAGGGACAGAGGAAGAUGUUCGCACAAGGACACCGUCGGCGCGACGAGGGCUCGAAGCCACGGGGGAAGCGUCCGUGGGCAGCACGCAAGACGCGAAGGACGCAGAUGGGGAGGAAACCAUCGACGAGCAGGUGGAGCGCGUGGAGUCGGAGGUGCGGUUACUGGACAGCAUGUCUGUCAAGACAAAGUUGCGCGAGUUGGAGUCUCUCAAGCGGCAGGUGGGGGAUUUGAAUGCCAACGCCAUCAUGGAACGCUACGUGGGAUCCUUCGACUUCAAUUGCGAUGUGGAGCGACUUUGGAAUGCCAAGAGUGAUAUUUUGAACAGUGCAAACAUGGAUCUGUUUAUUGCCCGGGCGUGUCAACGCUUCUCGGGACGCUGCGAAGACGCGUUGAACGUCAUUAGUGACUUUUCAACGUAUGAAGAGGGUGACGCUGCGCGGGUGCUUGGCUCGCUACUGUACCUUGAAGCAUUAACCUCGUUGCAUAACUAUGACGCUGCUGCCGUGCGGACUUUGCAGGGCCUGGACGAAGACGCGGCUUUGAGUUACUAUAGAGAAAAGAGACGUGUCGCCACGGUUGGCACCACCGUGAGGCGUAGUCGUGUAGAGACAGUUCUGGGACCGGAGGAGUUUGUUUUUUUACCUGAAGAUUGGUGGAGCUCGCAGCUGCUUGUUACUCCUGAAGCCAUUCAGUUGCCACCGGCACGACACAUCCUGACCCCGCGGUUCUCCUUUGCGGAAGCGAAGGAACUCAACACUCUUCAGUCCAUGCGUGUUGAUUUUCAGCGGAGUGUGUUGGAUGCCAUUAUUCGCAUGCCCAAGGCACUAGGCGAACUUCAGGAGCAGACAGUGUUGCAGCCGGCGCAGGAAGAAGCACGAGAUGCGGGUGUCGCUUUGCUUCGGCUGUUGCUGGGCGAAGAGGAGAGUGGUGUUGGUGUAUGGGCGACGGUAGCGCGCCGCACAUGA